CAAUAUGUUGCCUUUAUGUGUUACAGGAGGACCCCUGUAUCCGCGGGGAAUCGGUUCCAGCCCCCCGCGGAUGAUGAAAAAUGCGAAUAAUAGCAAACACUGUGCUAAUAGCGAAGGCUACACAUUGCAGGGUCUGUGGCUCCCUCUCGUGGCCAGUUCUGUUCCCGGAAACCUACAUUGGCGAUUCCGAGGAGGUGCGCGGGACGACCCCGGCUGGAAAAAAACAUCUUGGUUCCCAACGUGAUGGCCGGUCGGUGAGCCCUCCGAGUGCCAAUAGCGGACAGCAAGACCGUGAGAAUGUGGCCAGUCCCAGAGAACUCGAGGUACCGUCUUUCAACCAGGAGCUGCCGCCAGAAGGCGAAGGUCACCGCGAUGGGGAGACUGAUGUCCCCGGAGAGGAACAGCUGGCGCCCCGUUGCGGCCCAGAGGAAGAUGGCGAAGGGACCCAGAAGCCCCUGAAUCCACAGAAUACGAAUUUACUUGGUUUUAGAUGGCUACAAGGGGAAGAGGACGACCGGGACGUGCGCCAAGAAAACGCCAGCAACCCCCUCGAGACCGUCAGCGGCCAGGAGACCGUCGGCGAGGGCGGUGGGUGCGAGGUUCUGGCAGUGCUGUGGCCCCCACCGGGUGACAAUGCCGAGGAACAUCUGGAACCCAGACUGAAUGAGGUGUCUUUGAUAGACCGCUUUGUGCCGGAGGAGAAACCCAGCCCUACCCUCUCUCGUUUGGGGUAUCCCGAGAGCCCCCCGGGGGCUCAGGAGAGUCCAUCCCCCUGCAACGAGGAAGCGCUCCGGACGGAAUCGCCCGCCUCCACCGGCUAUUUCCCGUGCUACCGAACAUACGAGGAGCUGCCCUGCUACCGGCCGAACAAGCAGCCCGAGGGCCCGGGGAGGUAUCGGGACGCCGCCGUCCAGUGCGACAGGCCGGAGGGAGCCACCGGGAGAGAGAAGAGAAGGGCCGAAGCCAAGAAGAGCCUUGAGGAAGGGAAGCGGCUGGCUGCCCCACCAGGGUCACCCCAGAGGCAGCUCCCAGGGGGCCCGAGGCCCGCGUCGGCCGGUAGGAGGCUGGAAGGGCCUGGCCAGAAUUUGAGGGCCUCCGGUGAAAGCAGCCCCACCAGGGGGCCUGAGGCCCGUCGGCCCUCCAGAGGGUCCCCGUCUGGGUCAGGGGCUGUCAAAGAGGGACUUGGGCUGGGUCCCCGGAUCAGCCCCUCGCCCCCGGCCGGGUACAGGAAGUCGCUCCAGAAGAAGAAACACCGAGGGAGCCCGGCGGACGAGGAGCAGCAGAGCGCGAGGAUGGAGCGGAAGCCCCUCCUUGAGGACCAGCUGUCCUUGCCCCCGAGCCCGGAGGAGAAAGUGCGGGCCCGGCCCCUGUGUUGCUACGGGGCAGAGGCUGCAGGAGAGAGGAGGCAGGUCAGGCCGGCGAAAGGACAAGUAAAAGACGGCCCUCAGCCCAUGCCACCCACUCCAAGCCCCACUUCGGCCCCGGGGCCUUCGGGAGACCCCGGCCCCAGGCCUUCCCGCCUCGGCUUCCACGCCAUUGUUUCUUGGGUCUGGAGGAUCUUCCGGAAGCCGGCCCAAGCGCCUCCUGGACUGGAUCCUGGCCGGAGGCCCCUCGGCCACCGCCUCAGACUGUGGCUGGGGCAACGCGGUGGCCGGGUCCAUCCAGAGCUGCCCUGAUGCCCGCCCAGAAGCCAUGCCGGAUCAUUUAUGCCGAAACUGAUUAUUCCCCAUUAAACGUCCAUUUCCCCCUUCUUGCUGCGGGUAUCUGCGGGCCUCUUUUCUUACAGAACAGCGUCCUGGAGGAGGCCUCACCCAUGCCGGACACGAUGGGGACUAGUGCCUUGCGGGAUUUGGAGCUGUUGAUCCCAUCCAGCUGAAGGUUCGACCGCAAUCUAAUCCACGUUUUUCAGCAUCCACCGGAGCGGGGGGACGCUUGGAACAAUUCCCGCAGAUAUGAAAGUCCUUCUGUACUUGGUUUUUGUGCUUCCACACCCCAAGCCCGUCCCCCUGAAUAGCCAGAUGAGGGAUCCUGCACCCCCUCCCAAUGAGUCCAGUCUCCAUCAUCCUCAAACCACUGUCCGUGCUGGAGUCCACAGCAUCGGGAGGCCCUCCCGGUUUCCUAGCCCAGUUUCAGAGGUUCGAGACCC